AUGGACGCCGGCUCCAAACAGCCCAAGAAGGUCCGCCUCGCCUGCGAGCGGUGCCGCGACCGUCGCAUCAAGUGCGACGGGAAAGUGCCUGCGUGCGAGAACUGCUCCAAGGCCCAGGUGCCGUGCAUCGACGUCGACACGCGCACCUCUGCCGGCCGCAUCUCGAGAGCCUUCCAGCACAACGCCGCCGCCCGCAUUGAGUGGCUAGAGAGCAUCAUCAGAACCCGGCUUCCCAAUGUCGAUCUUAGCGCAGGCCCACCGCUUCUCAACACGGAAACAGUAUCUCCUGCACCACCCCAAGAGCAAUCCCAACCCACCAUCGGCCAGAAUAGAGGCGUCAAGCGAUCUCACAGCGCUCCAGGCCAAGAGCAUGGCCAAUCCCAUUCUGUCGAACAGAGCGCUCGCUCCAUGGCCCUCCAUCUUGGGCUACUGUCGCUCGACGUGAACUCCUCUCAAGUCCACUAUCUGGGCUCGUCGUCAGGCUCCCUUUUUACCCCCAUGCUACGCGCCAACCAAGAAGAUCCCGCCUCGCUGUUUCCUGCGUCAAGCAAUGAGCCCUCUGUGGAUGGAAGCCAGGCUGAUCCAUUCACUGUGUACGAGCAAAUCGAAGAGAGCCGGCUGGAACAGACCCAUGUUGCCCAAGUCCACCGCCUUUACGCCAUGCUCAGGACGGACCUGCCCUCUCGUCGAGACUGCAGCCACCUCACAAACAUGUUCUUCCGCCACUUCCACGCCGAGUAUCCCUUCCUGCACAGGCCUACAAUCGAGUGCAUGACUGAUGCUCUGUACCACUGCUCUGAUGUCGUUGAUGAGACCUCAUUCCAGUACAACGGCUGGCCGGCAAGCCAACAAUGGUUCCCGUGCAAUGGCGAAGACGCGCAGAAUCUCAACAAUGGCAAACAGAUUGCCAUCUCCGUCUUCGCUGCAGCUACCCAAUUAUUUCUCAUUCUCGGCAUUUCCGCAAAUCUGAAAACCCAGAAGAGAGACUACCAGUACGACCCUACCAAAUUUCACGAGGCCGCAAAAGCAGCCCUAGACCCUGCCAUAAGCAAGAUUUCUUUGCACGCUUUGCAAAUCAUCCUUUUGCUCGUGCUGCGAUCUUUCACCAGCACCGAGCGUAGCAAUACUUGGGCCACUGUGCACCUUGGCAUGGCUUUCGCCGUGGAGCUCGGCUUGCAUAGAGAUGCUUCUUCCUGCGAUAGCUUCUCUGAGGCUGCUCAUCAGAUGAGACGAAGGGUGUUUUACUGCAUGUACUCUUUGGAAAGGCGACUCAGCGCCAUACAAGGCCGUCCAAUUGGCUUUUCAGAUGAUACUCUCGAUACUUCGCUCCCGAAGCUUAUCGAAAUUAGCCCGAGCGAUCUCAAAGCGGUAGCGGACCAGUCGUACCUUCCGUUCUCCAUCCAAAUCUUCAAGAUAGCGCAGCUGGUCUCUCGAAUCAAGCACACUUUCUAUCUUCUGCCCAAGACCAACCCGGGGACCCAAACUGAGGCCGCAUUGCGAGACCGUCAGGAAGAGCUUCGCACAGAGCUGGACUGCUGGGAUGCAGAGUGUCCGAGAGCAGUGCAGUGUAUUCCUCAGCAAGAACGCGGUUGGCUUUCUGCCAAACUGAAGAUUGACUACCAUGCAACCAUGUGCCUCUUAUACCAGCCAUCGCAGGUCUUCCUAAGGCCGACUGAAGAGUCACUGCAGCGAUGUUUCAAACACACUGUGGAGCGCCUUCGGGUGCUCAACCUUGCUGUACUGCCUCUGGACAUCACCGUCAAUUCAGACAUCGAAUUCUUUCGCCAAGCUGGCAAGUGA